AAGCCGCUUCCAUGAGCGCGAGCAACAAAUGGAGAGCAAUGUCGCACCACCAGCAUCAGCCUCUGUGCACGCGCACGCACCAGAUCGGCGCCCUCCUCCUCGUGGCGACCACCUUCUUCUUCACGAGAAUGCUUUCCACCUCCACGCUCUCCACCAGCGUCGUCCACGUGUCGCAACCCCGGUUCCAGUGGGGGCAGUCCCAGCUAUCCCUCAAGAUCUACGUCUACCAAGAAGACGAAAUCGACGGUUUGAAGGAGCUCUUGCGCGGAAGGGACGCUAAGAUCACAGACGAAGCUUGCCUCAAAGGCCAGUGGGGCAGUCAGGUGAAAAUACACAAGUUACUUCUGCAAUCGAAACAACGGACAUGGAAGAAGGAGGAAGCGGAUUUGUUUUUCGUCCCAUCUUAUGUGAAAUGUGCGCGAAUGAUGGGUGGCCUUAACGACAAAGAAAUUAACAGCACCUAUGUCAAAGUCAUAAGUCAAAUGCCGUAUUUUCGAUUAUCUGGAGGCCGCAACCAUAUAUUUGUUUUCCCCAGUGGAGCUGGUGCUCAUUUGUUCAAGUCAUGGGCAACGUAUAUAAACCGUUCCAUUAUUCUUACGCCAGAGGGGGAUCGGACUGACAAGAGAGAUACAAGUGCCUUUAAUACAUGGAAAGAUAUAAUCAUUCCAGGUAAUAUUGAUGAUGGUAUGACUAAAACUGGGGAUACCACGGUCCAGCCUUUGCCUCUGUCAAAGCGGAAGUACUUAGCUAAUUAUUUAGGGCGUGCACAAGGAAAAGCAGGUCGUCUUAAGCUUAUAGAGCUUUCAAAGCAGUUUCCUGAGAAGUUGGAAUGUCCAGAUUUGAAAUUCAGUGGACCUGACAAGUUGGGAAGGAAAGAAUAUUUUGAACACCUACGCAAUUCCAAGUUUUGCCUCGCUCCACGUGGGGAGUCAUCUUGGACCCUUCGCUUCUACGAGUCCUUUUUUGUGGAAUGUGUUCCAGUUAUAUUAUCAGAUCAAAUAGAAUUGCCAUUCCAGAAUGUCAUCGACUAUAGCCAGAUAUCAAUAAAAUGGCCAUCCAGUCAAAUAGGCCCCGAACUAUUGCAGUACCUGGAAUCUAUACCAGAUGAAGAAAUAGAAAAAAUAAUAGCCCGUGGUCGACAAGUUAGGUGCUGGUGGGUGUAUGCUUCAGAUUCAGAAUCUUGUUCAGCUAUGCGUGGAAUUAUGUGGGAACUUCAAAGGAAAGUGAGGCAAUUUCACCACUCAGCUGAAACAUUUUGGUUGCACAAUGGAUCUAUUGUAAACAGAAACUUGGUUGAAUUUCCCAAAUGGGAACUCCCUGUGCCUUUGCCUUGAUAAGCUAGAAGAUAGUUAAUUUCUUGUAUAAAUUAAUUUUUCUUAUACCUUGAUAUUCCAAUAUUAUUUCUUUACAAGCACAUUUCAGGUGCUCUUGAUUUUCA